GGGCUUUUUGCCAAAACCACGAGCUCACCGCAUUGGACGGCAAACACCACCAGCUUUGUGCCAGUGCGGGCUAUUCUUUGAGGCUGAUAGCACCAGCAAGCCUAUUUUUCUACGAGUUCAUUCGCUGGGGAUUGCUGAUUGCCAUUUACCCUCUCAGCGAAAAUGUCUGCAACUCAGUUACUCAAUCCCAAGGCCGAGUCGAGGCGGAGGGCGGAAGCCUUGAAGGUCAAUAUUAGCGCUGGUGAGGGUCUCCAGGAUGUUCUGAAAUCUAACCUGGGUCCCUCCGGCACAUUGAAGAUGUUGGUAGACGGUGCCGGCGGAAUCAAAUUGACUAAGGAUGGCAACGUGCUCUUGCGGGAGAUGCAAAUUCAAAACCCUACUGCUGUUAUGAUCGCCCGGGCUGCGACCGCACAGGAUGAUAUCACCGGUGAUGGAACAACUUCCGUGGUUUUGUUGGUGGGAGAGCUUCUGAAGCAAGCAGACCGUUACAUUUCCGAAGGACUACACCCUAGAGUGAUCACAGAUGGAUAUGAAAUUGCAAAGAACGAGGCUCUUAAGUUCCUUGACCAGUUCAAGAUUGAGCGUACAAUUGACCGUGAGCUGUUGCUAUCUGUCGCUCGGACUUCACUCAGUACGAAACUGAACAGUGCACUCGCCGAAAAGCUUACCCCCGAUAUUGUCGAUGCCGUUCUCGCCAUCCACCGUGCUCCCGAGAAGCCAGAUCUGCACAUGGUUGAAAUUAUGACCAUGCAACAUCGCACAUCUUCUGAUACUCAGCUUAUUCGUGGUCUUGCCCUAGACCACGGUGCAAGACACCCUGAUAUGCCUAAGAGGGUAGAAAAUGCUUUCAUCCUCACCUUGAACGUCAGUCUGGAGUAUGAGAAAUCGGAGAUCAACUCCGGUUUCUACUAUUCAUCUGCCGAGCAGAGAGAUAAAUUGGUGGAGAGCGAGCGUAAAUUCGUCGACUCGAAACUGCAGAAGAUUGUGGAGCUUAAGAAGGAGGUCUGCGGAACCGACCCGAAGAAGAGUUUUGUUGUCAUCAAUCAAAAGGGUAUCGAUCCUCUGAGCUUGGAUGUCCUCUCCAAGAAUGGUAUCCUUGCCCUCCGGAGAGCCAAGCGGAGAAACAUGGAACGCCUUCAAUUGAUUUGCGGUGGUGUCGCACAGAACAGCGUGGAGGACCUAUCACCCGAUGUCCUUGGAUGGGCUGGUCUCGUUUAUGAACACCAGCUCGGAGAAGAGAAGUACACUUUCGUCGAAGAAGUCAAGGACCCUAAGUCCGUUACCAUCCUCAUCAAGGGACCCAACCAACAUACCAUUGCCCAGGUUAAGGAUGCGGUCCGUGACGGUCUGCGGUCCGUGUACAACUCCAUCGUUGAUGGCUGUGUUAUCCCCGGCGCUGGUGCAUUCCAAGUUGCCUGUGCCGCGCAUCUGUCAUCUGAGGACUUCCGCAAGACUGUGAAGGGUAAGGCCAAAUGGGGUGUUGCUGCCUUUGCCGACGCCCUCUUGAUUAUUCCCAAGACUCUUGCGGCCAACUCAGGCCACGACAUUCAAGACUCCUUGGCAGCUCUGCAAGAUGAGCGUUCCGAGGGUAACAUAGUUGGUCUGGAUCUGAUUACUGGCGAACCGAUGGACCCUGUGCAGGAGGGUGUCUUCGAUUCCUUCCGCGUCCUGCGCAACUGCAUCGCGUCGAGCACUGGUAUCGCUUCUAACUUGCUUCUGUGUGACGAGCUGCUGAAGGCCAGACAGAUGGGUAAGUCAGGAGGACCAGGUGGUAUGGAUGAGUAAUGCAGUCACAAACGUAUAGAUCAAGUUAUGUAAAGGAAAUCUGAGAGGAUUUAUAUUCGGAUUUCUGCUUUUAAAAAAUUAGUUGAUGCCCAAAAUGUA